UAUCUUAUAUAAGGAGAUCAGCACACUGCUUUAUAUUUAACAAAGAAAGAGUACUCGAGAGAAAUUAACAACAUUAAACUAUGGGAUCAAUCGAAGGAAGAGACACAUUGCUGAGUGGCCAAGCUCAAGUGUGGAGACUCAUGUAUGCCUCUGCAGACGCCAUGGCAUUGAAGUGUGCUGUUGAGCUCGGAAUACCUGACAUAAUACACUCCCAUGGUCGCCCAAUCUCCUUGUCCAAAAUUGCUUCAGGUAUCAAUUCAAAAAAUCUAAACCUGGACUAUCUUGAGCGGGUGAUGGGAUAUCUAGUCCGCAAAAGAGUUUUCUGCACAACUCAUCAGCAUCAGAAGUUGGAGACACAAACACAGACACUCUAUGGAUUGACCUCUAUAUCGAAAUGGCUGGUACGAGACACCGAUCUAAGCCUCAAUAACAUGGUGAAGAUGCACACUCAUCCAUGGAUUCUAUCACCAUGGUCUUGCAUUGCUCAAUGUGUAAGAGAUGAUGGGGUUGCUUUCACCAAGUAUCAUGGCGUUGAGAUGUGGGAUUUUGCUUCACAAAACCCUGAAUUCAACAGCUUGUUCAAUGAUGCCAUGGCUUGUACUUCCAAGAUUGUUAUGACGGCAUUGCUUUCCAAAUAUAAAGGAUUCGAUUCAGUGAAAACAUUAGUCGAUGUGGGAGGAGGGAUUGGGCAAGUCUUGUCCCAGAUUGUCAAGGCGUAUCCUCAUAUCAAUGGCAUCAAUUUCGAUCUGCCUCACGUUAUUGAAACGGCACCUAAUUAUGUUGGGAUUUCACAUGUUGGAGGUAGCAUGUUUGAUGCCAUACCUAAUGCAGACGCAAUUUUAAUGAAGUGGAUAUUGCACGAUUGGAAAGAUGAAGAAUGUGUGAAGAUAUUGAGAAACUGUGGAAAGGCAUUGCCCAAGAAAACAGGGAAGCUGAUCAUAGUGGAGAUUGUUGUGCAAUCAGACGGGGAUACCAUAUUUGGUGAUAUGGAUUUAGUAUUUGAUAUGGCAAUGUUGGCAGGGCCGUCCGGUGGAAAAGAACGGACUGAGCUCGAAUGGAAGGAGUUGCUGGAGGAAGGAGGCUUCCCUUGCUACAACAUCAUCAAAAUUCCAGCUAUGCUGUCUAUCAUCGAGGCCUAUGCAGAGUGACUCUCUCAUGAUUUUCACUUCUAUUGUUCUUCUGUAUGUUUUUGUUAUGCCCCUGUUUGAUUCUGUUUUCCGACCAAUUCUGAAUAAAAAGCCCUAAUGCUGGUGAAUAAAAUAUGGGCUUCAACUUUGUUUUUGAUUGGGCCGAUGCUUGUCUAAUGGGCCUAAUUUCGACUAAAUAAACGCAAUUUGCUAC